AACAUGGCGGCAGAAGGUCCAGGCGUCACUUCCUGCAGGUGGCGGAUAUAAGGGGGAGGAUUUCCGCUUUCGCUCUUUUCCGGCGGUGACGACCUCCCCACGAGAACAUGCCUCUCGCAAAGGAUCUCCUUCAUCCCUCUCCAGAAGAGGAGAAGAGGAAACACAAGAAGAAGCGCCUGGUGCAGAGCCCCAACUCCUAUUUCAUGGAUGUGAAAUGCCCAGGAUGCUAUAAAAUCACCACCGUCUUUAGCCAUGCACAAACAGUAGUUUUGUGUGUUGGUUGCUCUACUGUCCUCUGCCAGCCUACAGGAGGAAAAGCAAGGCUUACAGAAGGAUGCUCCUUCAGACGGAAGCAGCACUAAAAGAACCCUCAAUCAAGAUGAAUGGGAAACCGUCCCAAUAAACACAUUUUGGAUACA